GCGGCAGACAAUGUCUUGCAGUUCACAGCAGUAACCGCUUCGGGCACCCUUUUGACGGUGAAUAAGCACUCGAACCCAGACCUAUUCCUUGCCCUCCGGGGAGGGGGUGGCGGGACAUUCGCCAUUGUCCUGAGCGCAACAUUGAAAACCUAUCCUACCCCGCAGACAACCCGCCAUACAAUCCUCAUGGUAUCUCCCGCAUCCCCGGGGCCUCACGAAGCCUUCUGGGACGCGGUAGCUUACAUCCACGGCCACCUCCCACGACUCGCGGACGAGGGGAUGACAGGGUACUUCGUCGUGAUGCCCCUAAACGGGAGCUUGGUAUUCUCCUGGAGCUUCUACCUCUACGAGCGCCCCCCCGGAACCGCCACAGCACUAUUCUCCCCGAUAGAAUCGCACCUAAAAGCCACCUACCCAAGCCUAGGCAUCUCAACCACUGAGACGCAAUACGCCACCUGGCUAGAAGCCUACAGACCCAAUAUAUACCCCGAACCCGUCGGCCACAACUCCCUCAUGGCAUCUCGCCUCCUCCCACGCACCGUGCUAGAAAACAAUUUUGAAAACAUUCGCUCCACGCUCGUCACCGUGUUUCCGAAAGUCGGCCUGGGGGGCGUGGUCGGUCAGCUGGUUGCUGCGGGUCAGGUUUCGCGCAACAGACAUCUGCACACGGCCGUGCACCCGGCCUGGCGGAGUGCGUAUUUGAAUUUGGUGAUCGGGGUUACGUGGCUGGAUGAUACCCCGCUUUCUGCCGUGCUGGAUAUUCGCAAGUUUAAUACUGAAGUUUCGGUGGGGGGGUUGGAGAAGCUGGCUCUUGCUGGUGGUGGUGAGGAUGGAGUUGGAGCCUACGUCAAUGAGGCUGACGCAUAUACCAAAAAGGAGGACGCCGGGAGGGUGUUUUGGGGGGCAAAGUAUGCCGAGCUGAAGAUGCUUAAGGAACGAUGGGACCCUGAGGGGGUAUUUUGGUGUAGGUUGUGUGUUGGGAAUGAAGGGUGGGUAGUGGAGGAGGGGAGUGGGAGAUUGUGUCAAGCUUAG